GGAAUUUCUCUGAUCGUUUAAUAUUAUCGCACAAAAUUUAUUAAAUCUGUCGAGGGGUGCUUUUCACAAUCUAUUAAUCGCGCUCGGUACGCGCGAUUAAUAGAGUGAUAAGAUUAUCGUUGAAUGAAACGAGGUAAAACCUCGCGCCUAUUUAUAGUUUUGUGAGAUCGAGUAAGAUAAUUAAUAAAGAAAAAACUCGAAAUUAUCUCGCAUCACGAUGGAGGCAAUCAAGAAGAAAAUUGCGGCGCUGAAGCUAGAGAUGGAUGCUGCGAAUGAAAAGGUCGAACUUAAUGAAACGAAAGCAAAACAGGAGAAUAUAAGAGCCGAUAGGCUAAACGAUGAUCUUAGGGAUCUAGAGAAAAGAUUAAUUCAAUUGGAACGCGAUUACAGUAUUACAAAAACUAACUUAGAACAAUCAACCGCUGAUCUGGAGCAGUGCGAAAAAUCUUGGUCCAAAGCUGAACAAGAUCGUACUAUUUUGACAAAGAAAGUACAGGAGAUCGAAAUCCUUCUUCACAAAAAGGAGGAAUUACGUCUUUCUGCUCAGACAAAACUAGCACAUGCAACUGAACUUGCAGACGAUGCACAAAGGUUUAUUGUUGUUAUUGCAAGUUUUAAUUUUAUAAUGUGUAAUGUUUUGGCGGAUAGAAGCCGUUUAGACGAAGAACGUAUGGAAAAAUUGAUGUCGGAAUUGAAGGACGCGAGAUUAAUCGCUGAAGAUGCUGAUGCGAAAUCCGAUGAAAUAGCUAAGAAAUUACAGUUCGUAGAAGAAGAGUUGGAAGCUGCUGAAGAGAGAGUGAAAACUAGUGAAGCCAAAAUUGUAGAACGCGAGGACGAACUCUUUAUCGUGCAGAAUAUUGUGAAAUCUCUUGAAGUAUCUGAGGAAAAGGCGAAUCAACGAGUAGAAGAUUUUAAAGUACAACUGAAAUCUUUGAAGAAGAAACUGAAAGAGGCAGAGAAACGUGCGAUCAACGCGGAAAGAACGGUCAAGACCUUGCUAAAGGAAGUGGAUAUGAAAGAAGAUGAGCUCAGGGAAGAGAAGGAAAAAUAUAAGGCAGUCUGCGACGACAUGGACGCAACAUUUGCCGAGAUGACAGGAUAUUAAAAUUUUGGAAAAAACUUGAUUUGAUUUUCGCUAUUAUUCUUACGCUUUUUUCGUUUAUUCGCUAUCAUCUAACAUAAACAUAUUCAUUAUUUUGAUCCACUGUGCUUAAAUAUUGCGCAAUUCAUUUGUUUUAUCAUAUAAAGUGCCAUGAGCAAAAUUAAAAAUAAUCGCUUCGCGCAAUAAUCCGCUGAUAAAUAAGGCAUACAAAUAUCGCUUGCUAUUAUAAUUGCUUCGCUUUGUUCGUAACGCCUUGCCAACUGGUUCACGGUCACUCAUACUUCAUGUCGAUCGAAGAUUGAUGAUUUCAUCUAUUUUUUCUUUCAGAGGCACAUGAGAAGGAUUUAUUGUCGUCCGUUACGCGCAAACGAAAUUAUGAUCGCAUAUCCUUUUUAUCGUUCUACAUAAAAUCUGUAUUUUCAAUAAACGAUACCACAAAUCAUCCUAAGAGAGAGA